AUGGAUGAGAAUCUGCUAGCAGCUGCAGUGGUCCUUCGAUUUUAUGAAGAGUUAGACUCACCAUUUAUCGACAUACCUACCGACGUUGCUACCCUUGGACUCCAUGUGUUCAUUGAAGCACAGGCCAGCUUGGCUCUCUCAUCAACUGGACUUCGAUAUGCUGCAUUUUGGGUUGGAUUUCGACAAGAAUUUCAUAUGGCUUUUUCUCAACAGCGGCAUUUUCGCCUUCCUCUCGACAUCUGUGAUACGUAUCUCUCAUGGGAUCCCGCGCCUGAUCACGUUCUCGUCAAUCGCUUAUUCAUUAUCGCAGCCCAUGUGAUUCAAUAUUGUUAUAAGAGCAAUGAUCCUUUCGUUCAUAUGAAAUAUGAAGAGCUCGUUACUCUUCGUAAUCGUUGGUUAGAAAGAAGGCCACCUGCACUCUUCCCUGUUUACUCCGAACCACCCGAACGAGAAAGGGGUCUCAUCUUCCCGCAAAAAUGGUUCCUAAAUGACUGCCAUAUCGUUGCUGAGCAGACUAUUGGCUUGAUAGAAAUCUUGGUAACGGCUUAUGACCCAAAUAUUGCAAGAAUUGGACCCGGUCAAAGAAUUGCCAUGGAGUCAACAGAUGCCCGACUCAAAUCUACUGUAUUGGAUAUUUGUGGAACUGCACUUUCGAACCGACAAGAACCUACUGCCAUGCUGACAGCAUGUAUUGCUAUUGGAAUUUGCGGAGACAGAUUUACAGAUCUUGCAGAGCAGGAGGCAUUAAUGGACAUCGUGAUUAACUCGGUGCGAGACAACAACUAUUGGCCUUCGAACGCGUUGGCCGAGAAGUUGCGGAAGGCUUGGGAAUGGGGAGAUUGA